UGGGGGCGGAUGCUGGGGGCUGGGUGUCUAAGUGGCAGGUUUAAGGGACCUUGGAGAUAGCAGCAUAGCAACAAUUUGGUGCAGUAUGUGCUCACAGCCAUCAGCUGAUACUGAGCAGCCAUUCCAGCCGUCAGCGUUUGCUGCAUCCUCAAAACUCACUCUGGACCAGGCGCAGUCACAGCUGCAAGACGGCUCUGGCCCAGCUCUGUCGCAGACUGCGCAACCACCAGACCACUGCGGCAAAAAAGCCCAGCUGAGCCGAGCACUAGCCAUGGCUGACCCCGAGAAGCAGGGACCCGCUGAGAGCCGCGCCGAGGACGAGGUAAUGGAGGGAGCCCAGGGUGGUGAGGAUGCCGCGACCGGUGACAGUGCCGCGGCGCCUGUGGCUGAAGAGCCCCAGGCACCCGCAGAGAAUGCCACCAAGCCCAAAAAAGACUUUAUCGAGAGCCUGCCGAACUCCGUCAAAUGCCGUGUUCUGGCGCUCAAAAAGCUGCAGAAGCGCUGCGAUAAGAUCGAGGCCAAAUUUGACAAGGAAUUCCAGGCUCUGGAGAAAAAGUACAACGAAAUCUACAAGCCCCUACUCGCCAAGAUCCAGGAGCUGACCGGAGAGAUGGAGGGCUGCGCGUGGACCCUGGAGGAAGAUGAUGAUGAAGACGACGAGGAAGAAGACGAGGAGGAGGAGGAAGAGGAGGCUGCAGCUGGCGCAAUUGGGGGUCCCGCCGCCGCCAAGAAGUGAGCACAGCAGCUGACAGGUGA